AUGUCGAUAGAAAAGUCAUUUCCUAGAGUGGAAAGUUUUGUACUGCCACCUGGCGAGCAAAGUUCAUCGCCAUCUGGUGAGAAGGUGGUUCACCACAAAGGAUCUGGAUUUGAUGAUGUUCUGAAACAAACUGUACAAGUAGUGCAGGGUGAAGACACAUGCAAAAAUGUUUUCCGUCCACCAGUACAAAUCUGCGUUCACAAAAUAAACAACUCCCCAUGCCACGGUGACAGUGGUGGACCACUUUCUUGUAAACUGGGAGAUAAAUGGUUUCUGAUGGGAGCUGUAAGCUAUGCCAGUGCCACCAAUUUCAUGGGCGGCCUCUGCGGAUUGCCAGAAAACAGAGUUGUGUUUGCUGCAACAGCUGACAAAGCUGAUUGGAUUAAAAACAUUAUUAAUAAAUAUAACUAA